AUGGGAGUGAGUCUUUUUCCCGUGCCAGCGGCAUUGGGCCUGCUCUGCUGGGAUUCAAAGCCUCCUGUCUCUUGGCAGGAACAUGUCCAGCACAGGCAGGAAGUCCACGUGGUGCUGGGGAAUGAAGCCUGCGAUCUGGACUCCAUGGUGUCGGCGCUUGCCCUGGCUUAUUACUUGGCAAAGACCUCUCUGGAGUCCAAGGCGGCAUUUGUCCCCGUGCUGAACAUCCCCCGCUCGGAGUUCCCCUUGCGCACAGAGAGCGCCUUCCUCCUGCAGGAGCAGCAGAUCCCCGACAGCUGCCUGAUCUUCCGGGAUGAGAUUGACCUGCAUGCGCUGCACCGGACUGGCCUCCUCUCCUUGACGCUGGUCGACCAUCACAUCCUGCCGAGCGGAGACGCAGCCCUGGAGGAGGCCGUGAUCGAGGUGAUCGACCAUCGGCCCCUGGAGAGGGCGCCUCGGUGCAGGGUCACCGCGGAGCUGGUGGGCUCCUGUGCCACGCUGGUGACGGAGAGGAUCGUGCAGGGCCCAGCGGAGCUGUUGGACAGACAGACGGCCGCCCUGCUGCGUGGUACGAUAAUUCUGGAUUGUGUCAAUAUGACUCCAGAAGCUGGGAAAGUGACUCCCAAAGACACUCAGUACGUGGCCCUGUUGGAAUCCAAGUUCCCAGACCUCCCGGCGAGGAGCGUCCUGUUUGAGGCUCUGCAGACAGCCAAGUUCGAUGUGUCAGGGCUCACUACAGACCAGAUGCUGCGGAAGGACCUUAAGGUGCUGUCGAGCGACGGGCUCGUUCUUGCCAUCAGUGCUGUGUACGUGACGCUGGAGGCCUUCCUGCAGCGGCCUGGCUUGCAGCAGGACCUGUGCGCCUUCUGCCAGCGGCACGGCUACGGCGGGUUGGUAGCCAUGACGAUCUCCUUCAACGAGCGGAACGAGCCAUUCCGGCAGCUCGCGGUGUACAGCCAGCACGUGGCGGUGCGGACAGCGGUGUGUGGCGUUCUGGAGCACUCUAACAACCCGCCCCUGGACCUCUCCCCUCUGGGGAACCUCUACCCCAACAUCUGUGCCUACCACCAAGGCAACACAGUCGCAUCGCGUAAGAAAGUCCUCCCGAUCCUUAAAGACUUCCUAAGGGAGCGGGGCAUAACGGCUGGCCCCAUGCAUCCCACGGACAAGGAUUCCUGUGGCACGACGAGACCCGAGCCGAAAGACUCCUCUGCCGGUUGCGGCGAAAGCGACGAGAACCCGGAGGACUCGGAUGUGGCUGGCGAAGCGGGUGCCCCGGAGUACGAGCCAAGGGGCAGGAGAGAUCCUGCCAGGUGCCCGAGGCUUGGGGAUGCCCUGCUGGAGGACGAUGCCCCGUUGCCUCCCACCCCCAUGAACAGCCUGGUGGAUGAGUGCCCUCUGGACAGGGGGCUGCCCAAGCUGUCGGCGGAGGCGAUCUUCGAGAAGUUCAGCCACAUCACGGUGGUGCGCCCCUCCGCCAGCAGCAGCCCCGAGAAGAAGUGA